GAAACGGAACAAACGGAAGCCGAAGUGGAUCUUAAAUACGCGUUGAGAAAUGGCGGCCGCUGAAGACAGUAACAGUACACAAAACCCCAGUGGUUCAGAGGCUCCGAAACUGUCGGAUUUACUGGACCGGGGCUGGAAACUGUACGAAGAGGUGGACACCACCAACGAGCCGAGCAGCUCCAAUGCAGUGCAGGUGAAAGUGAAGCGCGGUAUUAUGCAGCUGGAGGAGGCGACAAGGAUGGUCAAUCAGCUGAACCUUUUCAGUCGUAAUGAGGCUUUGGAGGAAAUCUCCACAGCUGACCUGAAGUACCUGUUGUUGCCGGCGCUUCUGGGAGCGCUCAACAUGAAACAGGUGAACCCCAGCAAGCGGCUGGAGCAUGUUCAGGCGGCCCGCGUCUACUUCAUGGACUUCCUUCGGAGGUGCAAGGACUAUGACGUAUGUACUUUUCAGCUGCCCAGAGUCAGUGAGAACACAGCAGAUACUCCUACUGAGGAGCAGUCGAAUCCAUCAGUCCCCAUGCCAGUGUCACAGCCAGACCUCAUUGCCAUGGCAACACAAAGACAAGCCAAAAUAGAGAGGUUUAAGCAGCGUAAGGAGACAGAAGCCAAGCUGAGUGAGAUCAGGGGGCUGGUUGAAUCUGGUUCAGCCGAUGAAGAAGUUGUGAGGGAUUUUUACCUGCUAAAUGUACGCAGGUGGGUCACACUAGCACUUGAGGAGAUCGACUCUAUCAACCAGGAAAUAGAAAUUCUGAAACGGAUGGAGCUUUUCAAGCAGAGCGCCCCCCAGCCAUCUCCACCUAAAAGACCACCCAUGAAGCCUUUUAUCCUGACCAAGGAUGCUGUGCAGGCAAAAGUGUUUGGUGCAGGGUAUCCCAGCCUUCCCACCAUGACAGUGGAUGAUUGGUAUGAUCAGCACCGGCGGAAAGGAUGUUUACCUGACCAGGGCAUACCACGCAGUGCAGCAGAUGGUGAUGCAGAGGAAGAUGAGAGAGCAGAAAGAGAGAGGAAGGAAGAGAACGAUGAUGAAGAGGCACUGCAGAAGGCACGUGACUGGGACGACUGGAAGGACACACACCGGAGAGGAUAUGGCAACCGCAAAAACAUGGGCUGAUCUGAUUUCACUCAAACACACACACAUGUAUGCUCAUCCCUUCAGUUCCCACAAAUAAACCUCCCAAUGCUGCCAAUGUGUGACAUGGACACAACAGAGAGUGGCGCUGUAGUGGUUAGUUAAUUUGGUUACUUUGUUUUCUAAACCGAGUUUAGAAAUUAUUUGACGUUCUUUUACAUGUCUCUAUAUAAAUCUUAAAUCUUGGUGAGCUUAAAUGAGACCUUAAACCCCUAAACAUGAAUGUUUGGGCCUUUUUGCAUCAGUCACCCUUUCCUACAUGAUUAAAAGUUUGCCUUUUCAUGGAUGUAGUUUUGAAUGCAGCAUUUCUACAGAAGUGUUUCCUCUAGUGUCAGCUUUUAGAAUCAGAAUCGGUUGACUCAGGAGGACAUUGUCACCCAUAUAAUUACACCUCGUGCUGUUUGAUAUGAAGCCAGUUAAGAAUGCAUGUUUAAGUAUUAGUCGAUAUCGCUAGGCCUCGUUGUCUGUUUCAGAUAAGAUACUUCAGUGAAGACGGUUCAGCACUUGCAUGGAUCUGACGCUGUGGUUCAGAAUUGCUGUAGAAACUGUGGGACAUUGAAACACACUGUCAAGACUGCCUUUGUAUUCUGAAAUUUAUUUAUUAUCUGGCUACUUUGCUUUUUUUUUGGAAAACUCUUUGUGAGCUCAACUUUUAGUUCUUCAGUAAACAUAAAGAGAAA